AUGUUGCUUAGGUUGAUCAUUGUUGUUUCUCUUGCGGUUGUGUCCGCCGUUGAGCCCCGCCACCCAACCACUCUCCAGGAUGCCCUUGAGAUGAUUGUGGACCUCCAGGACACAGUAACCCGUCUGCAGCAAAAGAUGAAAAUGAGAGAAAAUAGCAUUGGUGAGCAGAUUUUUCGACUCACCAAGAAGAUGGAAGACAUGGAAACCAUUGUCAAGUUCAACACCGCCGAUCUCAAUGGCCACGCAGAGAAACUGGAUACGGUAGAAGCCACCGUCGCUGACCUUCAAGAACACAGAAAAUUGGGAACCCAUGGGCAUCGUGAGCUGGCUUCCACCUUGGAAGCAGUCAUUGCCAAGACAGCUUGUAUUUCUGACACUAGUGAUGAAACCAAGCUCUGGCUGGAUCCAAACUGUAUUAGCAAUCUUGAGACAAAAGAAUAUCCCUGCUUUGACAACCAAGCCAGUGUGGAAGCAGCUUUGGGGGAUGUCACUGAGAAUGAGCAAAUCUACGGGCCUAUCUAUUACUGGUGCUUUGAACCCAUGUCCUUUUCCGACCUUAUUAGCACUUCCAGGGAUGCAUCGCAUGCUUCUUUUAAUGAGACAUUGGAGGUUGGGACGUCAGUUUGGUGA